UUGGCAUAACGUUAUCGGGUGGGAAAAAAGUUUUCCGAAGUUUUAAUUAGGAUCAAAAGUGUUAAUUGGAUGGAUUAACUGGGGAAUUUUCCAUCUUGGUAUUUAAUUAUAACAAAUAUGUCCAGUCCGUAUCCAUACGUUAGUCGGAAUAUAUUUAGAGAAGGAGAUACCUGUCACCGUGUGAAAAAUGUGUCAAGUAUGUUCGGUUGUGUGUAAAUAGUAAAUUUUGUGUAUUGUGAAUUUGUGAUUGAAAAUAUGAAGAGAAAAAUGACAAUUUCAAGGUACAAAUGUAUUUGUUAAUAAAAUAAAUUUGUAGAAUGAGAAAACCGGGAGGAGCAGCUCUGAUACUUGGAUUUAUUCUAUCUUUCUGCAGUGCAGAUCUAGUAAUUACUCGACCUCCGAAAAACGCCACUGUCUUAGAGGAUACACGUUUAUUGAUGCACUGUGAAGCAGCUGGAAAUUCAAAGCCUCGUAUCAAAUGGUUCCACAACGGUGAUUUAAUGAGUAGGAUCGGGACUAACUACAAGAUACGCAAUACUGGUACCUUGAGAUUCCGCCAGGUGAAGGUUGCAGAUCGUGGAGUGUAUCGCUGUAAAGUCGAGAGCGGAAAAGAAUCUCUGUUUUCUGAUCCAGCACAUCUUGUUGUUGAAGCUGAAGUUGAAAUAAUCAAGCAAACUCCUGAGUCUGGAAAACUCAUUCUGCCUUACAACACAGGAGUCAGGUUGACAUGCUGGGCUGCUGGAAUACCUGGUCCAAAAAUGCAGUGGCGCAAAAACGGCGUGUCUAUAAUUGAUGUUGAAGAACAUGGAGUUGUUAUAGAGGAAAAAUGGAUUGCACCUGACAGUAUUUUAAGCUCAGUUCUACACACCGGCAAUCUCACUGAAACAACAAACUUUGAGUGUGAAGCCGUCAACCAAAAUAUAGGAGGGGAUUCGGUACAGUCAAAGGUGUUCAACAUCAUAGUUAGACAAAAUGAAGAUACAAAUAAGAGGACAUCCGGUAUAUGUCUACCAUAUAAUGGUACCAGAUGUGCAUCAGUGCUGGGAACCAGCACAGUCUUCCUGAAUCUCUCACAACCAACCCCUUUUGAGGACCAAGAAAAGAUGGCAGCUGAUCUUCUAGACCAAAUGUUCAAUGUUGAGACAACAAAGACUAUACGUGAACGCUGUAAUGGUCAUGGGGAAAAACUCAUAUGCAACUAUGUUUUUCCGCCGUGUGAAAACUACCUCAAUCCAAAACCAGUUCCUUUAUGCAGGGAGAGUUGUACAGCAGUUCAGGACCUGUUGUGUUAUGUGCAGUGGCCAGUUAUACAGAACAGUAACAUCCAUGUGAAGCUGCCCACAUGCGAUAACACAUUACCAUCCAAGUGGGAGUUGGAGGCGGAAGGACAGCCGUGUACUGAUGCUAACCUUUUUGACAGGGAUCAAACAGAAGUCACUUCUCACUGUUAUGUAGAUCAGGGAAGGUGGUACAAUGGUACUGUAAAUAUGACAAAGUCUGGCAAACCCUGCCAGCAGUGGUCUCUAAACUAUCCACAGAAGCAUAAACGGCCACCAGAUGUGUACGAAGAACUCAGGGACUCUGAAAAUUACUGUCGCAACCCUGGGGCAGAAGAGGAAGGACCAUGGUGCUAUAUUGAUUCAAAUGUUCCUGGGGAGCGUUGGGAAAUGUGUGACAUACCAGCUUGUGGUGAAGAGAUGGAAUCUCCUAAGGAAGAGUUAAAAAUGUCAUGGUCAACCAUUCUGAUCAUCACUGUUGUUGGAUCUGUUGGCGUAUUUGUACUUGGCUUUGUCGCCAUAGUCUGCUACCAUAUUGUGUAUAACAAGCGAAAAGUCGUCCGGUACAAAAAUACGCCGCAAGAUGAUUUGGAAAUAGACAUCCAGAAGUUACCAGCGAACAUGUCAUAUCAUGUUGUGGAGGAGCCAAUCAGGUUGAAUCCAAAACUACAAGCUUUUGAAUAUCCGAGAAAUGACAUUAUUUAUAUCAAAGAUAUAGGUCAGGGUGCUUUCGGUCGUGUAUUUAAAGCAAAAGCACCAAAUAUAUUGAAACAUGAUGAAGAAGUGUAUGUCGCUGUCAAAAUGCUUAAAGAAGAUGCUUCAGAUGACUUACAAGCAGACUUUGAACGCGAAGCAUCUUUGAUGGCUGAAUUCGAUCAUCCAAAUAUAGUGAAAUUUUUAGGGGUAUGUGCAAUUGGAAAACCUAUGUGUUUAUUAUUUGAAUUUAUGAGUAAAGGUGAUCUGAAUGACUACUUACGAAUUUGUAGUCCAGAAAUGUAUAUGAAUGUUAGAAAACAUCACACUUUUCAGUUACGUGAAGGUGAAACUUUAUCAUUAGACUUAAUUGACCAGAUGGAUAUAUCCCAGCAGAUUGCAGCGGGAAUGGUUUAUCUGUCUGAAAAAAGUUACGUCCAUCGAGAUUUAGCGACAAGAAAUUGUCUAAUAAGUGAUAAUCUCACUGUCAAAAUCUCUGACUUUGGUCUAGCGCGUAGUGUACACAGACUAGAAUAUUACAAGGGUAGCGAUAAUGAUGCGAUUCCGAUCCGAUGGAUGCCGCUGGAAUCAAUUUUGUACAACAAAUUCUCCGUGGAAUCAGACGUUUGGUCAUAUGGUGUGAUUCUGUGGGAAAUAUUUUCAUUUGCCUUACAGCCGUAUUACGGCAUGACACACGAGGAAGUGGUAGAAUAUUUAAAAGACGGGAAGAAUUUAGUGUGUCCCGAGAAUACCCCACAACAAAUUUAUGAUCUGAUGCUCAAAUGUUGGAGCAGAAAACCAUCACAUAGACCAAAGUUUCAGAUGUUAUACAAUUCUGUUAGUGCUUUUCAUGAAGAAUUGUUGAAAAAAAGAACAAAAGAUAUUAGUGAGGUAUGAUGAGGUUUAUAGAAAACAUGAUUCAGUUUAUAUCAUUUAGGUCCACUAUCAAAAUGGAAUGAUACUAGGGUUCUUUUGCAGAGACAUAACAUAAUUUUGAUACCACAAGCUAGGGAAUAACUUAAAUUUCCAACACAUUACGAAAAAAAAAGUAGUCUAAAUUCUUGGCAUAUAUUUUGGAAUGUUUCUUAUGUUAGAUUUGUUAAUGAAAGGGAAAUGGCUCAAAAGUAUGAAGUAGACAAAGGAGUUAAAAAAAAUAGGAAUUGAAAACUGGUCUGUAGUACUGUAGGUUACAGGAGAUUCAUGUUGGUUGUUAUAAUUCUAACUUGGCAGCAUUUUAGUAUGACCAUUUUGGAAUCAUUUAAUUAUUUGAAAAAGUAACAGUCUUUGUUCUACAGUUGAUAUUUCAGAGUUAUUUAAGACUAAAUGAGCUGCGCCAUGAGAAAACCAACAUAGUGCAUUUGCGACCAGCAUGGAUCCAGACUUGCCUGCACAUCCACGCAGUCUGGUCAAGAUCCAUGCUGUUCGCUUUCAAAGCCUACUGCAGUUAGAGAAACUGUUUGCGAACAGCAUGGAUCCUGACCAGUAUCGCGGAUGCGCAAGCUGGUCUGGAUCCAUGCUGGUCGCAAACGCACUAUGUUGGUUUUCUCAUGGUGCGGCUCAAAUCUUAUUUACAAUUUGAUGUUGUGAUUCUGCACUUGAAACUCCAGACAGAAGAGAAUUCUGGGAAAAGUUUACCUACACACUGAUUUUGUUGUGGCUGCUAGAUAAUAAUUAUACUGUUUAGAAAUGUUUUUUGCAGCAUCUGAAUAAUUUGUUGGGAACUCUGAAGUUCUUAUCAGCUAAUCUGUCACCCAACGUGCAAAAUGUUGCAUACUUCUUGGUGAUAAGGGAAACUCUUUCAAGGUUUUGCACAUUGACUGACUUUUAGUGCAGUUUAGUUAUUUUGUAAAAGCCUGAAUUACACUGAAGAUACAGAUCCAACAUUCAUAUAACUUUUUAUGAUGAGACCUUUAUAUUAUUAAAGUAUUUGAAAAAAACUUUUUUUAGUAAGUUUAAAACACAGGAAUUUUUUUUUGGAAGAGUAAGUGUAUCAGAAGUAAAGAUUAAAAAAAAAUGUUUAUCGAAAUCCAAGAUUUUUUUGUGUAAGAAAGGUAAAGAAUACCUAGAUAUGAAUCAAAGAUUGAUGGGCUUGGUAUUAUGGAGGCAGAGUAACUGGACUGUAAAAAUGGUGUUGGGCAAAUAACAGAUUCCUCUAGAAAAGACUGUAUAUUGACAAAGGAAGAAGUUGCAUAAUAAAAGAUGUAAUCAAGACCUGUAUACACUGAUGUCCAAGGAAUGGACUGUAUGUUGUAGAUGCAUAUGAGUCCAGAUUGUUUUUACAUGGAUACAGUAAACUGCCAAAUUGUCAUCCACCAUUUACAUUGAUAUUUUUCUUGAGUUGGCAAGUAAAUGAGCCGUGCCAUGAGAAAACCAACAUAGUGGGUUUGCGACCAGCAUGGAUCCAGACCAGCCUGCGCAUCCGCGCAGUCUGGUCAGCUCCAUGCUGUUCGCUUUUAAAGCCUAUUGGAAUUGAAGAAACUGUUAGCGAACAGCAUGGAUCCUGACCAGACUGCGUGGAUGCGCAGGCUGGUCUGGAUCCAUGCUGGUCGCACACCCACUAUGUUGGUUUUCUCAUGGCACGGCUCAAAUAUCUAUUCAUACAUUGGUUUGUAUUAGUCAUUUUUAUCAUUUACUCACAUAGAUCUGUUAGAAAAGCAUAAAUGCAUUUAUUAGAUCAUGACAGUGGACUUUGUGAAGUUUUGUUCAGGAAUAUAUUAAAGCUCAAAGUUUGUGAUGUAUACCUUAACAUUUUGUCUCAUUUUUCUUUGUGUUACACUGUUUUUUAUUACAUUUUUAUGUUACAUUAUUCUCAUUAUAAUGCUCAUUUGUAAAUAGCUGACUGUGUGAUGGUAUUAUAACUAAAGGGAGCUAAUGUAUAAGUUUAACUUAUUUAUUGUUGUGUAGGAAAAAAUGAACUGUUUAUGCUUUAAGGUGUUUGUAAAAUAAGAGAUUGAGCUAUUGACGUUAUGCAGAAUCACCUUAAAAGUUACAAUAGUGUUCAAAACCAGAAUUAAUAUUUUUCUUAUAAAAUGAGAUACAAGUUUCAGAAGUAUGUUUGAUUCUGUAAACAAGUUUAUGAAGGAAAAUUUAACUGUAAAAUAUUUCUUUCCUUUAAUUUUGCUAAGAAAUAGAUACAAGCAACUACACAUCAAAACACGAGGCCAGAAUAAUUUAUUAAGUAACCAUCUAGUUUUGGUCUUUACAGAGACCCUCAUCCUCAGUUUUGUUUAACCGUCAACCUGCUAAUUUACUAAAAUGGACUUGUCUAUCUUUCAAUUUGGACAGUACCAUUUAUUGCUCAAAGGGGUGUUCAUUGAAAAAUUACUGAUUGAAUAGCGAACAAUUCAGACCAUGAUCAGACUGCACGGAUGUGCAGGCUGAUCUUGGUCUGCACUGGUCGCAAAGGAAGAUACACUUGCCGCCAGCAUGCUAAAGGUUAAACAUUUAUACUUUUAGACCAAAAUCAUUGUCAUAUACUACAUUACUAUCAGAUUAUAUUUUUGUCCCCCAAUACUGGAGUAAAAUUAAUUUUCAUUUUGUGAUAUUUUUUUCUGAUUUUUGAACUCUAUAUUUUCACUUUAAUAUGUCAGUAAGUUGUACAUUGAAAUAAAUCCAGUAACUUGUUGUUUUUGUUGAAACUUCUGAAUACAUGAACAUAUUUCAGUGUAUAAGGAAAGAAAUGUUAGGGUAAAAUCUUCUGUCUCAUAAAAAUGUAGGACAAUAUUUCAGUUUCCAGGGAGUUGCAGUGUGAAAUGAAAGUAACUUCUUAAUUUUAUAAAUAAGGAAAUAAUAUGUUUCAUUAUUAUUGUAAUGCUGAAGUUUGGAGAUAUUGCAUGUAAGAAUAUGAAAUGGAACAAAAGUUCUCUUGUAUAAAUAAUUACUCGAUUUAAGCAAACCCUUAUAUCUGCUAUUCUACUUCAUGUUUAAAUGGGUUCCAGGUUUACCACAUAUUUCUUAAUUAAGGCCCUCCCACUAAUAAACCCCCAAUCAUACUUUCACACAAAACAUAAAAAAUGAAAUUAAAACGUAAGUGAGGCCCAGCACUGUGAGAGUGCUAUAAUUGAUACAAUUCCUUCAUUAGAAGUAGGAUCUGUAAUUUAUAUUUACUAAAAAAAAUACUGGAACAAAAAAAUAUUACGCCCUCUUUUUGCAAAAUGUGACGCACGGGGGGGGGGGGGCAUUAGUUUAGGAAUAUAUGGAAUGUCAAUUUCUUUUACAUAAAAAAAAAGGACUUUUUUUUAAAUGAAACCAUUUGAAACAUUGUGACACUGAAGUUUGAUUGAGGUAAAUUGGGGGUAAUUAAAGUAAAAUUGUGAUGAAAAACAAUGAAAAUUUAGCUGUUCUUAGUAGCAUUAUGGUACAAAUAAAAAAAAAUUAAAAUCAUAUUUACUCAUGAUUUAUUAAAACAUUUCGGAUAUUUUUGAUAUUUUGAAAUUUACCAUGGUAACAAUAUGAAUUUGGAAGCAAGUCCCAUGCAAGUUUGACCAAGAUAGUAUGGCAAAUCUCAUUCAAUAUGUACAGUCUUACCUGUAUUAAGCAGCCAGCCAAGGGAAUGAGACCAUACGGCUGCUUAAGGCAGGUAGCCAUUUCAGUCAGGUGGAAUUUAGAACAAAAAAAAAAAAUAUUUGGGAAAUUGAGCUGACUGGCCACUGAAAGUAAGUGGGUUCUAAACAUAGGGGGCCGCAAAGGCAGGUUUGGCUGUAUCAUACAUCAUAUCAUUCAGUGACCUUUGAAAUAAUACAAAGUAUGAAUCAUUGUAGGGUUAACGCACGUUUUUUUGUGUAACAACAUCUGCAGAAUCCCAAGGGAUUGGUUGGUGCACGAGCCCGUAGGGCGAGUGCACCAACAUAGCCCGAGGGAUUCUGCAGAUGUUGUUUCACGAAACAAACGUGUGUUAUCGCUAUUCUUGCAUAAAACACAACUAAAGUGCUGGAAAUAUCGAAAAAGCAAGACUAUUCAGCUGACAUUAGUCGAUCGAAGUCGGCCGUUUCAGGUUGUUAUGGACACAUGUUUUAUUUAUGCAUUUCCAGGGCAUACAGAAACAGUGCAUAUUUUAUACGUGUCGAACGGACAUUCUUGUUGUGGUAAUUUCUUUAAUAUUAAAUAUAUGUAAAAUAAGCAUGACUUCCCCUUUUUCCGAUAUAUCGGUAGGAACUUUAGCUUUAGAGGCUCGGAAUUAUGAGAAAAGGGCAUAUUGUACACGGCAUCCUGUCUUUAGACAAUUUGCAGGUGAGGUGCCGACAGAAUACAAUUCUGCUUGGUUUAAAUUAAUAGUCUGUCCCUUACGCUUUUUAAAUGUAAAUAUUAUCGUUUAAUAGAAACUGGUAUCGAUACCUAUAUUCUUCAUGUCGUUAAAAAUGAAAUCUCUAGGCCUAUAACUAGAAAAUUUUGCUUUGCACCCCACCCCAUCGCGAUUAAAGUUUGAUAAACACAAAAAUUUGAAUUUUUCCAACAUCGAUAUAAUCAACUUAGAUUGGAUUUAUAAACUCAAACAUGGUUGGUGAGAUCUACAAAUAAAUUGAAAAAUAUAUAAUAAAUACCUUCUGUUCAUCAAAUGUUCAUUAACUAUGGAAAAAUUCUUCAAACUUUACGCUUCGUCAUGUUUAUGCUUUACAUUACACACCAUCACUACUUCAGUAGACUGCAUAGAUGUGUAAAGUAGACACAAACAUUUUUAGCUCACCUGUCACAAAGUGACAAGGUGAGCUUUUGUGAUCGCGCGGUGUCCGUCGUCCGUCGUCUGUCCGUAAACUUUUGCUUGUGACCACUCUAGAGGUCACAUUUUUCAUUGGAUCUUUAUGAAAGUUGGUCAGAAUGUUUAUCUUGAUGAUAUCUAGGUCAAGUUCGAAACUGGGUCACGUGCCUUCAAAAACUAGGUCAGUAGGUCUAAAAAUAGAAAAACCUUGUGACCUCUCUAGAGGCCAUAUAUUUCAUGAGAUCUUCAUGAAAAUUGGUCAGAAUGUUCAUCUUGAUGAUAUCUAGAUCAAGUUCGAAACUGGGUCACGUGCCAUCAAAAACUAGGUCAGUAGGUCUAAAAAUAGAAAAACCUUGUGACCUCUCUAGAGGCCAUAUAUUUCACAAGAUCUUCAUGAAAAUUAAUCAGAACGUUCACCUUGAUGAUAUCUAGGUCAAGUUCGAAACUGGGUCACAUGCCAUCAAAAACUAGGUCAGUAGGUCAAAUAAUAGAAAAACCUUGUGACCUCUCUAAAGGCCAUAUUUUUCAUGGGAUCUGUAUGAAAGUUGGUCUGAAUGUUCAUCUUGAUGAUAUCUAGGUCAACUUCGAACCUGGGUCACGUGCCAUCAAAAACUAGGUCAGUAGGUCUAAAAAUAGAAAAACCUUGUGACCUCUCUAGAGGCCAUAUAUUUCACAAGAUCUUCAUGAAAAUUGGUCAGAAUGUUCACCUUGAUGAUAUCUAGGUCAAGUUCGAAACUGGGUCAAGUGCCAUCAAAAACUAGGUCAGUAGGUCAAAUAAUAGAAAAACCUUCUGACCUCUCUAUAGGCCAUAUUUUUCAUGGGAUCUGUAUGAAAGUUGGUCUGAAUGUUCAUCUUGAUGAUAUCUAGGUCAAGUUUGAAACUGGGUCACGUGCGGUCAAAAACUGGGUCAGUAGGUCUAAAAAUAGAAAAACCUUGUGACCUCUCUAGAGGCCAUAUAUUUCAUGAGAUCUUCAUGAAAAUUGGUCAGAAUGUUCACCUUGAUGAUAUCUAGGUCAAGUUCGAAAGUGGGUCACGUGUUUUCAAAAACUAGGUCAGUAGGUCAAAUAAUAGAAUAACCUUGUGACCUCUCUAGAGGCCAUAUUUUUCAUGGGAUCUGUAUGAAAGUUGGUCUGAAUGUUCAUCUUGAUGAUAUCUAGGUCAAGUUUGAAAGUGGAUCACGUGCCAUCAAAAACUAGGUCAGUAGGUCAAAUAAUAGAAAAACCUUGUGACCUCUCUAAAGACCAUAUUUUUCAUGGGAUCUGUAUGAAAAUUGGUCUGAAUGUUCAUCUUGAUGAUAUCUAGGUCAAGUUCGAAACAGGGUCAUGUGCGGACAAAAACUAGGUCAGCAGGUCUAAAAAUAGAAAAACCUUGUGACCUCUCUAGAGGCCAUACUUGUGAAUAAAUUUCCAUUAAAAUUGGUCAGAAUGUUCACCUUGAUGAUAUCUAGGUCAAGUUUGAAACUGGGUCAUGUGCCUUAAAAAACUAGGUCAGUAGGUCAAAUAAUAAAAAAAACCUUGUGACCUCUCUAGAGGCCAUACUUUUCAUGGGAUCUGUAUGAAAGUUGGUCUGAAUGUUCAUCUUGAUGAUAUCUAGGUCAAGUUUGAAACUGGGUCAACUGCGGUCAAAAACUAGGUCAGUAGGUCUAAAAUUAUUAAAAUCUUUUGACCUCUCUAGAGGCCAUAUUUUUCAAUGGAUCUUCAUGAAAAUUGAUCUGAAUGUUCACCUUGAUGAUAUCUAGGUCAGUUUCGAAACUGGGUCACAUGUGGUCAAAAACUAGGCCAGUAGGUUUAAAAAUAGAAAAACCUUGUGACCUCUCUAGAGGCCAUAUUUUUCAUGAGAUCUUCAUGAAAAUUAGUGAGAAUGUUCACCUUGAUGAUAUCUAGAUAAAGUUCAAAACAGGGUCACGUACCUUCGAAAACUAGGUCAAUAGGUCAAAUAAUAGAAAAACCUUGUGACCUCUGUAGAGACCAUAUUUUUCAAUGGAUCUUUAUGAAAAUUGGUUAGAAUUUUUAUCGUGAUAAUAUCUAGGUCAAGUUCAAAACUGGGUCACAUGAACUCAAGAACUAGGUCACUAUGUCAAAUAAUGACGUCAUACUCAAAACCGGGUCAUGUGGGAAGAGGUGAGCGAUUCAGGACCAUCAUGGUCCUCUUGUUUUAAAAGUUUUAGUGUAAGAUUUAAAGUUAGCAUGUCAACUUUCUCGACUCAAAUUAAUUUGGAAAACGAAAUUGUAUUUUUGUAAAUAUUGUUUGCCUAUCAUUUUCAGGGAUUAAAUCGCGGCGUGUAAACUUACUUUGAGUCUAAUAGUAAAUACGCGUAAUAAUACAAUAAUAAGGAACGUCAAUUCAGUCGCGUAUCAAGAGAGGUAGCGCUUAUUACAAGUUAAAGUAAAGUUAGGUUGAAAAAUGAUAUUUUUAAUAAAAAUGCAGAUGAAAAGAUUUCAUAAAUCUCGGACCUUUCGACUUCAGCCAAAAUUGAUUCGGGAUCCAUAAUUUGCUUACGUUGGACCCGCAACAGCAUAUUCAAAACGUUCACCAACAGCGCGUGCUCACGAGAAUCUCCUUGUUUGUACACGUUUUUUCCCUGUUUGUGCAUGCCCGAAAUCGGCAAAAAAACAAAGGUUUUAUGCAAGAAUUAACAGUAAACAGCCUUGUGCAGUGAGCAGACAUUUCUGCAAAGAUGUAAAAGAAUGUGUUGUCUGCAUGAAAUGUCAUCGUGAUAAUUGAAGUCUUCUGAAUUGUCAAUGGCAGAAUUUGAAAGUACUGCCCAUAUACUUGUGCUUGAUAUUCAGCUCCUAUUUAUAUCUCUUUCUUGGUAUAUGUUGAAAUCUACUAGAUAUACUAUUUUAUAAAAUAAAUACAGUUUGAACUGAACUGAUUUUAAUCUGAAAAUCUGAAAAAAAAAUCUAACUGUUGUUUUGUUGUAAUGAAGCAGCUCAUAUUUUGAUGCCAUUGUGAAGAUUCUCACCAUAUCUGACAAAAUGAGAAAGCAAAAAAUUGAACCAGUUAAUGCUGAGAAAUCUCAGAAGCAUAAAGAGCAUUUCAUAAACAGAUUACAGAUUUUUUCUUGUUUCGUAGACAUACAGUUCUUUUUACAUACUUAAGUAUAAAUUUGUUAAAUUGUCUUACAUAAGUGCUCCCAGUAAUUGUUACACAUUUUCUGAGUGGGGAAAGAGGAAUGAAAAAGAGAAAUGUUUGGACUAUGAGUAUUUCAUUUUAAGCGUCCUCAGUCUCCCUGAAAUCAUAGUAGAUAUAACAUGGUGAAAAAUGUUUGGCUGCUUUUUUGUACCCCUCAAAGUUUUUUGGUGGGACUUAGAUUUGCCUUUGUCUUUAUGUGUGACCAUCCAUCACUAGAUUGUUAUUUCAGCAUGGGAUUUCACACAGCCGGAUCAGAGUGAUGGCCCUUGAUUUAUUCAAAAAUAUGCAUACAAUGACAGCAGUUUUGGCACCAGUGUCCUAUGGACAAACAUCUAGUUUUUGUCACCAUAGAACAGUUUUUAGUUGAUGUUUUCUCUUUCUGUACUAGAUAAUUUGUAAGUUCUGUUUAGGGACCACGUUUUCAUAAUGAAAGUUUUAUUCAUACUUCAGUUUUUAUUUACUGCAGAUGAUUAUUACAUGUGGAGGCAUUUGUAUCCGGCAGUAUUUCAUACAUACUAUUCAUGGUUUUCAGGCCCUGUAGCUAAAUUUGAUGGGGGCAUUGGUGCAUAGUUCUUAGGGUAAUUUAAUUACAGAAAAUAUUCAAUUCGCAGAUAGUUUAAGCAUGUAAGGAAGUUUUCCUCAACCAUCAGAGUAGGUGGCGGGGACUUCCACAAGAAAAAUUUAAGGUCUGCAGGAUUAAGCUAUAGAAAUAAAAGUUCCUGUUACUGCAACCAGAUUUAUUUUCCACUGAAAACCUAAUGAUUAUUUUAUCUAAGAUUUUAUGUAACCACAGAGUCCCAUAAUCCUCAAAGCCUGGAAAUCUGAUUUCAUAAACUUAAUCAGAUGAUGCUAUUUCUUUGGGUGACUGAUAAUAUCAACAGGAAGGAGUUAAAUAUUAAAAAAGUCGGUAUGAAAUAAAAAAUACAGUAAUCUGUAUAACUGUACCUCAGUAUGGGUCCCUGUAAUGAAAUAGAUAAAAACAUUGAUUAGAUUAAGUGAUUUAGCUUUUCAUUCAUGAAAAAGUCAUUAGCUAAUAUAUCAGUGGGAGGAUGGUAAAAAAUUCUGCCGGUCCGGUUUCCUAAAACGUAGAUAUUAUUGAGAUAGGGACGUACAAAGUCGCGUAGGGAGUCUUUGAUAAGAUUACAACUACUGUAGCCAAGUAUGUAAAAACAUUUUUCUAAGAAAAUUGGAUUAAAUUGUGGCAAAGGAGAAAGAUAUGAUGUAAAUUAUGAAUUUUAGAGCUUUGGUUGAAAGAUGCUUGGGAGAGUAAGAGACGAAUAUUCAACAUUUUGAAGUGUAUUUAUGGUACGAUUGACCAUUUCUUUUUUAAUUAGACAAAUAUUGUGUAUCUGUACUGCAUGAGAAGCACUGAUAUAUGACCAUUUUGUGAAGUUAUUUUUAGUAGAUAUGUUUGAACUUAAUGGUAUGAGACACUCAUAUUGUGACUUAAUUGUAUAAAUAACAUGGUAGGAAUUUCCAAGCUGUGAUUAAAUAUAAUACUUUGUUAGAAUAAAGCCAGUUUUGUCAGAAUAUCUCGGUCAAAUGUUUUGAAAUAAUUACUCUUUCUGUAGAAUGUCUGCAUACAAUAACAUUUAUAAAAACUUGUUUUUUUAUUGUCUUAACAAGUAGUGAUUCUAAAGUGAAGCUAAAUGUAUUAAAUUGUGGUUAAUUUUCUUGUUUCCUGAGAAAUUACUUUCUCUUCAAAACUUUUUAUUGCAAUUAAUCUAAUACAAAUAUUUCCAUGAUACUUUUGUGCCUUGCAUAUUAUCUAAAAUUGUUCUUGAAUUACUUAGAAAAAAAAUGAAGAUAGCUUUUGCUGUAAUGCGAAAUAUACAAGUGUGUAAACUAAAUAAAUAAACGAAAAAACAUCUAAAACUUUUUAUCAGAGGAAUUUUGUCAGAAGAUUUUUCUAAGAUGUUAUAUUAUACCAGGAAAUAAAAUAAGCAUUAUGUAUCUUUUAAACAAAAAAAAGGAUCACAAAACACAUCUGUAGAAUUACUGGGGUAUUCUUAGCACCGGUUUCCUGUGAAGCUAAGUUAAGGAUCUCGUACUUAAAACCGGUUGGCUGAAUAUUAAAUCAAAGACCCCUGCAGACUUUAACCGAUGACUUGAUAAGGUUUGUAGACACACUUCUUAGACGUUGAUACUUUAUUAAAAGAUAAGGAAAUAAACAUCAUACCCGCAGAUGUUUUAUAAAGAUUAGGUAAAAAGAAGCUUUUUUGAUAAGGCAAGUGUAUGUAUAAGAUGAAAGAGCAUUUUGUUGAAUAAAUAGAAACAUUGGUUGGAAGGAAUUGGCAGAGGAAGAGAAACAUAUUGAAUGUAAUUUGUCUUCUUCAUGUUUGUUUAAAUUCAUGUUAUCGCAGUUUCUGUUAUUUUUAUUUAUGAACAAGAAUAUUUUUCAAUGUGUGAGAAAAUUUUGCAAGAAAUUUUAUACAGGUGUUUAAGAUAUUUCAACUUUUUGCAGGGAAAUGCUCUAUGAUUGGUUAAUUUUUGCAUUCAUUUAAUUUUUCAUUAACAUUUUGGUUUGGUUUGCGAUUUAUAAACAUCCGUCAAUAUCAGCCACCAUUACAUCCAGUUACAUAACAAGUUACAAAUUGCAUAUCCUUAAUAGUGCAAAAUUGCUGCUGACUAAGAGAUUGCCAAGUAACAAUUCUGCAAAAACAUCAUAUCUACAGUAUGUAAAAUACUGAAAAAUAAAGGGUAAAUCUGUCUUAUUAUAUUUAUGCUAAAAGAUUUUGUUAAAAAAUACUGCAAAACUCGGCUUUUAUCCUGUAAGGGUGUUAGUUUAACCAUAUAUAUACAUCUAUCAAUGACCCUUUAUCAUGUUUUUUUUUUGCUGAGGAUUUCAUGAAAAUUGUCACAUUGUAAAUUCUGGUAAUAUGUAUUAAUGGUAGAUGGAAUGAAACUACUUUAAUGUUGUCACAAGUUUAACAAAAGAAAGUUCUGUUGGAGGUAUUAUACUGUUAGACUUGGUUAUAUUAAACAUUUUUUUUCAUAUGUAAAUAAUUGUCUAAACUUUGUAAGGCCAAUUUGAAAGUAUUGCUAGGUUUUCGUGAUACAAACGAAAAUAAAUUAUACCAUAGAUCCGAACCAAAAAAUCAUCAAGUGAUUAAAUUAAGUAAGAAAUUUUAAAAUUAACAUCGCAUUUUAUAAAAUCUGGCUGAAACUUCUGAUAAGGAUUAAUAUCAUAAAAUAAAAGUCUGCAUACAUACAAAGUUUGUUUAAGACUUAUGCAAAAUUAUUGCAAAAAAAAAAAAAAAGAAAAAGACCAUUAAAUAUUCUCAGUUUGAAUAUCUAAGGAGAUCUUGGUAAAAUUGGCUUUGAUAUUUUGACCUGUUGCUAAACCAAGGUAUUUAAAGCCCUUGAAAAUUCUGAGUUCUUGCAUGUCAGUCAAAAUUGGAAGGAAAGUCUCGAACUUUUUAUUUAAAAUAUGAAAACCUAGCAAUAAUUCUUUGUUAGCAUUAUUUUGAUAAAAUUAAAUGUGUACUAUUGCAUGCAGAACUUUCAGUCAUUUUAGAGUGCAUUGGUAAAAUAUAUGUUUACAUUUUAGUCUAGUGCUAUGUUUUUGUUGAAUGAAUGUUUAUAUGUCUCAAUAUUUAUUUGAAUAUAUGGAAUAAGUGGUGUAUGAUAAAUUGUAUACACUGUACAGAAAAUAUGCUCUCAAGAGUAAAAUUAUUUACAAAAUGAAA